AUGUGGGUGAAGAAAGUAGUUUCUGGUCAAGCCAGCGUCCACGUCCCAAAAGACAGAUCAUGCCACCUCGCUGUCACCGUGUGCUUUUGUACAUUUGUUCCAGAUUGCCAGGUGGACCACGCCAGCAGGGAAGACAGACCAAGACGGUCACCUGAAGCCUUUCGUCAUUUUGCUCCAAUCGGCUCGAUGCGUAUGGACGCUUUUUCGACAUGCAUUGGUCGUUAA